AUGCGCCUCCCAACCACCGCCGCCGGGCUCUUCGCCCUCGCCCACCUCGCUACCUGCACCACCGUCACGCUGCACCUCCCCUCGACGCCCGCGCCGGGCACGCUCUCGCCACGCACCCACGCCACCCUGACCACGCUCGGCCGACGCCUCUCCGCGCCGCUCUCGGCCGCGCACUCGUUUGUCUUUCGCAACGUCAGCGCGGGAUCGUACCUGGUCGACGUGCACUGCCCGACGGACGGGUUUGCGCCGCUGCGGGUCGACGUCGUCGGCGGCGACGGCGAAGAGAAAAAAGAAGAAGAAGAAGCGGUGCAGGCAUGGGAGACGUAUCGCGGCAACGACUGGGGGAAUAAAGGCGAGGCGCUGGUGCUGAAGCAAGGGAGUGACGGGACGCAGGGGUUUGAGGUGCGCGCGCUGGGGCGAAAGGGCUAUUUCAUGGAGCGGCCGAAAUUGUCCAUGGUCAUUUUCAUCGGCAUGCCGAAACUUGUCGAGAACAUGGAUGAGGAAACCCGCGCCGAGUGGGAAGCCUCGCAAAAGGAAAACCCAAUGAACUCGCUGCUCGGUGGCGGCGGGCAGCAGCCGGGCAGCGCGCUGGGCAACUUUGACAUGGCGGCGUACCUUGCCGGCUCCAAGAAGAAGGAGAGCGGCGGCGGCGGCGGCGGCGGCGACGCCAGCAGCAGUGGAGGUGGUGGUGGCAGUGCGGCGGCGUCGACGAACGCAGAGAGCAAAGCCAAGAAUCAGGGCGUGAGACGAUGA